GUGACGUCACAUAUUUGUUCCAGAAGAAUGAGUAGAACGGGGAAAAAGAUGUUAGUCUCCUUUAAGACCUAGGCAGCAACGGGACUCGUUUGAAUCAUGAUCAUCACCGAUGCUUAUGAUUGACAACAGAUUAUGGAGAAAUGAACGUCAACACAGAAAGAGGAGCAUUUACUGCACGGAGCUCCGUAUGUUACCACCGUUACAGUUGAAGUUGGAAUUCGAAGGCCUUGAAAAGAAAGUAUUCGCUUCAACCUACUACUUCAACAGAGGACAAAAAUGCAGUCUUGUGAAUGGAUGAAUGGACAGUACCGACAGGUUGGACCGCCUUCACAAUCCUUGCAGGCUGCUGAUCAGUUUACCCAGUUUAACACACAGAGCAAUCGUCAAACUGGGACUGCAAAUACCACCACAGUCCGACCACCACAAAGUGGUAAUUUCACCUAUCACUAUGGAGCUUACUCUAAUGGACAGCCAUCAAAUCGGCAGACCUCGCCACUUCCUCAUCAGGAAGUUUCUUAUCCGCAUCCGGCUGGGGAGAAUAACCAUUUCCUGAAAAUGUUAACCGGAAACUUGCAACACUCAUCUACUAAUACACAAAGUGGAAAUCCUAGUUCACUGGUCACUUAUGGAUUUCAGCAAGGUUUUCAACAUCAGAACUCUGCUCUGAAUUCAUCGACCCAAAGUCCACCCAACAUGAUGGUAGCAAACGCUACAUACCUUCAGCAAAACAUGUCAGCGCAAUGGAACCAAUCAGUUAGAGUUCAUGGGAACCAUUCAAUAAGGACACAGAACGGUAACGUUGUGCCUGAUCUCCAACAUCGUGGGGCUCAGAACAGCUUGUUUUACAGUGUAAAUGGAGAGUCAGCUAAGUCCGUUUCAGCAAACAGUACAACAGCUACCUCGCAUCCACAACAACAGGGGGUUUACAUGGACACAUUAGUAUCUGUUGCUGCACAUAGCAGACAGACUGCUCAUAACCACAAUCAAAGACCAAACGGCACACAACAUGGCUUCUCUCCUUCCAUCCCUCCACCAAGUUAUGAGUCUACCUAUCAGUCUUUUGGAGGGAACAGCAUUACAACUAAGUCAUCGCCAAGUUUACAGCAUUUGAAUGUUUUCAGCAUGAGUCAGAAAACUCAGCAAUACUCCACACAUAACAGUGGGGUACAGGCCACCUCCUCCUUUACCUCAAAUUCGUAUAGUGGGCAGUAUGAAACCAGUCCUGAGUUUCCCUUACAUCCUGCUGUUGGUACACAAGAGAGAAUGCACAGCCAGCAGAUUAUUGCAAGAAUUGCAGAUGACCUACGCAACUCUUUCCCUGCUGGCUCAGAUGGUCAUCCUCCAGCGUAUACUACUUCACCUUAUGAAGGGAAGCAGUUUGUCAGUGAGGUCAGUAGGACAAAGUCUAAUCAAAAUACGCAACCUUUGACAACAACUGUCGCUGGAAGUUAUGCAUCUCAACUGGUUCAGUUGCUUAAUGUCACUUCACCACAUAGGAAUCAGACCCAAUCAUCUGUAGCAAAUAACUGUGAAAGGCUUGAAAAGCUCUCAUCAGUUAAGGCAAAUGACAGCUCCAUUCACUCAUCUCCUGGUCGCACAAGAGCUGUUGCUGUUGUGCAACCAUUGUCACAUGAAAGCUACCAGGUUGCCAGCCAGCAAACCUCGAACAAAAUCAGUCAAUUGUCUGAGGGCACCACAACAGAUGAGUCUUUAAGUAAUCCUGGGAAAUUAUCAAUUUCACCGAAAAACAACCCGGCCGUGCAAUUUAAAGCAGGAUCUAAUCUUUACCUAGAAAACCCAACUCAAAAAGGGUCCGACGAAUCUGCAGCUGAGCCUCAAGACUCGCAAAAACAAUUAUGUCCAGAUGACACAGGCUCUGAACUGCAAGUAGACCAGCAUGUUGCAACUCCUGCUCAACAAUUAGUAACCACUGAUGUGCCAGUGAGCCAAAGCAGGGAUAAGGGUGAAAGUAAAAAGAUGCCAAAAGAUGCAAAAAAGGGUUUUGAACUUUCCUCACUCCCAGCAACCCCACUGACACACGUCACAUUAACUAAGUUGAUAGAAGUGUCUGAAAAAUCUAAGAUGGAGUUAAAUGACUGUACAAAGUCUGUUUCUGUAAACGAAUUACUAGACCUGUAUUGGAAUGGCAAUUGUACAAAGUUGGCAUGUAAGCUCAGGACAGGCUGGUACAGGAAUUUAAUGAGGGAUGUUCUAGAAUUCCACCAGGAACAUGUAACACCAGGCUCUGUUAUACUGUCAUAUGUAAAGCGCCGAAAACUCAACAGCUACCAUGUCCUCGAACACAAUGAAGUUUUUUCAGAACUGCCAUACAAAUCAUUGUGGUUAAAUGUCAACGAGCAGCUAGAUGACAUUGACAAAGAGUUUGGCUUACCACAGCCUUUGAAUUAUGGUCUUCACAUGCUUGAGAGUGCCAGCCAGCCAGAUCAGAUCGAGGCCGACAACGGAAUUUCUACACAAAUUAUAAAAGAGAUGUCAAACAAGCUGUCAUCAGAAGAGCUUAAUCCGGUUGACUCAAGGGAAGGAAAACAAGACUCCACUGUCGAAGCAACUCCAACACAAGCUGCCUCUCCUAAUACAAUGGAGAGCGCAGAUUCCAGUGACCCAUGUUACUCGUUUGAAAUCCAAGUUUUGUCUCCAGAAAAGGCCAAAGUUAUUUUUGAGCAAAUACAAACCAAGUUGCCACAGAGUAUGGACAUGGACAAUCAGCCAGAGAAAGUCCCUCAAAGCUCUGUGGAUUAUGAGCUACCUGAGGUUAUAAGUGCCACAAAACUGGAGAAUGAGUCAGCCUGUUCAAUAGAACAGGUUUGCUGCAUUCCAAGGUGGAAGCAAAUGAUAUGGGGGUCAAACUCAGCUUCUUUGAGUAAAUGCCAGUGUGAGUAUAAGCAAAGUCAUUUUAUUACUCACAAGAUCUUUGAUAAGGAAGAGAUGGACGUACAAAGGAAAGAUAAACUGUGUGUGAUCACCUCUGACAGUAAAUUCAACUUUGGCAAAGAAGAAGGGAAUCGAGCAGAGGAUGGAGAGAAUGUCGACAGUCAGGUUAUAACACUUCAUUGGCCUGAGCUAUGCAGUGAACUCGGUUACCCCAUUGACUUUACUGAAGAUGACAAAAAACCUCACUCAUAUUCUGACAAAGAACCACAGAACAUUUCCCAGAUAAGCAUAAAUAGUAGCCAGUCGAGCAUUCUAUUCCUAAGUGAAAACGAAGAUGAUCCGUUGAGCGUUAAAAAUGACAUUCCCAACCUGAAGCCAGACUUCAAAAGUGACUCUGAACGAGCUCUGAUAGAAUUGGCAGAAAGUAGCCUGUUGAGCGGUUCAGACGAGAAAGAAACCAACUCCUUUUUCAAAAGUGACGCUGAAAUUCAGCCGGACCCCGAGGUGGAUUGUGUACAAGAUCAGUCGAAAUCUACAUUGAGUAUGCAGUCACGUACUUCGGUCAGUAGCGACAGCAGUGAAAGUGAAGUUGCCAGCAAGAUAUCGGACCUUGACAAGAAUUGUGGACAAGCUCGGCUGACCUCUACAACUGUGACGGAGUCCUCUUUGGAAAAGGAAGAAGAACCAACUCAAAUUAGUACGACGGCUGACCUACAGAAAGCUUGGAGCGGUAAACCUGAAACUGUCGAAAGAAAAAGAAAGAGAUCAAGCAGUCAGGAUAGAUUUUUUCCAAUCUUUAAGAAAUCUAAGAAAUGCAAAUCCCGUGGUGAUGCUGAAUUUUCAGCCUCAAACGUUAGAACUGUGGAACUGGUACCGUACGGCUCAACAUCACAAAACAAGUGCGUUUUAAUUAACGGCAGAAAGAGCCAUAUUUCAUAUCCAGACGCUGGUGCAGGACCAAAGCCUCCAAAAGUUAUCACUGUGAAACUCAGUCCCUUGAAGAGACUGUCCAGUGAAACUGCCCCAACAGGGAGACAUACAGUCCAAGGAAAGCUUUAUGAUAAAUGGAGUAGAAGUUUGCCACCAACUAAAAUUAGGCGCAGAAGCAAACUGAAAGCAAUGUGCACUUUUGCCUCUUUAUUUGGUGGAGGUCUCAAGAAAGCUAAAACAGCUGGCCCCGCUACCACUCACCAGCUGCAAGUUUCCUCUGAAAUGAGGAUCAGGAAUGGAACUACAAAGCCCUGCCCGAGUCUGAAGAGGAGGAGGUCCCUCUCUCAUGGACUCAAACGUGGAGAGGAGCGGACGAAGAAAGUCGCACUCGACCAGCCCGCUAAACAAGAGAGACGUGAGGCUGAAAAUGGAGGCCAUCCUGUCCCACCUGUUAAGAACAACGUCCUCAAGUUCAGCGUCUUACCCAAUACCUUCGACUUCAAAGAUGGUUCCAACGGGACAAAGGAAACCAAUGAUCCUGUUCCAGACAAGGCUGACCUUGUUGAAGGAAAGGACAACAGCCAAAACAAAACGGUCACGAGUGCAAGAGGUACAUGGUUUCCAAAUCCUGAGAGGAAGUAUAGUCCCUUGACCAAGACCGGCAGCGUCUUUUACGAGUUCCAGAAGAAAUACAUGGAGAGGACACAGCCAUCCACGGACGGCUAGCUCGACGGGCAGAUGUUUUGUUGGCAUCAGGCAGUUUUUAAGUCAAAUAUUGUCAUCUAUCUGAGACAUUUCUUCAUCCGAGUCAUUUUCUUCCAAAUGUGAUGUCUUUGUAUUUUGGACUGUCGGAAUAAAUGAAUGUUUGCAAGUUUGUAUA